AUAUAGACUAGACAGACCAGGCUAAUAGGUCCAUUUCAGACAAGACGUUGUAUAUGGGACAUAUCGCUGUUGCGAACCAAGAGAGAAGUUUAACUGAUCAAAAACAAACAUGAAGUCCUUUCUGCUAUUAUUUCUUGUAUUUUUGUGUGGGGUUACUUUUAUAAACUCGAUCGCUCUCAAUCGCAAUAAUGAGCAGGAAAUUGACGAUUUGAAACGAUUUAUUCUUCGUGGAUUGAAGAAGAGAUUUACGGAAUAUGAUCACAAGGUUACAGAGAAUAGCACUUGCGAGAGCCACUGUAUGGAAAGUGCUGAGGCUUUCGAAAUCGAUGGUACCCGAGUGUGUCAUUGCGAUGCGGCCUGCCUUGGUUACGGAGAUUGUUGUAGGGAUUUUUUUGUGUGUUGUGAUCCAGCGAACGCCGAACCGACUAGUGUGUGCGGGCCCAACGAGUGUGAAUCUAACCCAUGUCUUAACAAUGGGACUUGUCAUGACGAAUCGAAGUCGUUUAGUUGUACUUGUACGGAAGGAUUUCAAGGAGAAAUUUGUGAAAUUGAUAUCAACGACUGUGUGGAACACGCUUGUCAAAAUGGUGCAACAUGCUACGACAAGGUAAACGACUACUUUUGUGAUUGUUCACCUGGUUGGGAAGGAGACAAUUGCGAGUUAGGUAAGAAACUUACUCCACCAGCUAACAAUUAUACCAUCUGUUCUAUUUCUCUAUGAUUAUACUAAUACAUGUAUUGAAUAGUUGGUAUAGGAAAUAAGACAAAGAUCCACAUCCUCAUUAGUAUGCUGUGCAAUGAAGCAUAAUGACCUGCCAUGCUUACUGCUGACCGCGUACUGCACUUCUCUGAACCAUGGAGGUAUAAAAAUCAGGUAUAUUAUGUCUGAAUAUGCUCUGGACAAGCUAUGACGUCAUUUGACCGGAAACCGAAAGGUCCACUGAUUAAUCGAAGUAUCGAAAUGCACGCCAUCGUGUCGGGAUUCAAUAUUUCGACAUUAAUUUGACCGGAUCUGUGUAUAAUUUUGAUUUGAUAAUAAGAACUAUAACAGCGAGUCUAUUCUACCAAUAAGAAUGAAGUUUACAUCAAUACGUUCGUCAUUUAUUCAUCUACUCGAACCAAUUUGCCCCGAUGUUGUAUGGUGUUUCAUUUAGGUGCUAGAACCGAUUUACUGCCGGUCGGUCUUAAAAAAUGGACAUUUUAGAGAUUUUCCUCAUAGAGAAUUGACCAUAAUGCUCAUUAUAAAAUUAAAACUGCAGCGCGAUUAAAAACAAAAAAGAGCAGUGUUAUAUACCAUUAUUAAAGAUAGACAUUUCUAGUUUAUGAAUCCGUUUGCCCCGAAGUAGUUCGACACUCCGUUUUGAAAAUAUUAACAUUUAUUUAAAAAAAUCAAAUUCCAAUGAUAUAUAUUGCACGCAAAACUAGGCGGUCGGCGAGCAGAUGCCCGCGACUUUCCCUCGGCCCUCAAAUGAUGCGCGCUAUAGUUUCACCAAUAAAUCUUAGGGCCCCCAGUCGGACAUCUUAAGCCCCCACCCCCCAUAAAUUAUAUCCUAAAGCAGCCACUGAUUCUAUAACUAUAGGUGAAUUUCUCCCUUCCAUCCCACAGUGAAAUUCUGUCUGUUAGGCGAGAAUUUUUAUUCCUUGUUUUGCAUACACAGGUUUUUAAAGAUCAUUGGAGGAGGGCGGAAUAAAAAUAAAAUUUUGUUUUCUUAUGCAAAUAGUUUUGCCAAAAAAUAAAUAAAAUUUUAUUGGUGAAUGUAAAAUAGGAUGUUUAAAUGCUUCAAAUUUAUAUAAUUAGGAAGAAAUAUACAUAUACCUGUAUUAUCUUUUGAGAUUUCAAUGUAGCGGUAAUAAAAAUUUAAAAAAAA